CCCCGUGCAAAGUUCAAACAAUCAUGAAUUCAGUGAUCCCGCCGACUGACAACACCGUGGUGUUAAUAACGCUAAAUACCUCAGAAAAUCGCAGUGUGUCUCCUAUGACGCCGUCGCCCUCCAGGGAAAUCCGAGGCAUAAGACUCUUCCGGGCCAUCAGCCGCAAACUGGCGCGCCGUUCCAACGAGGACCUCAACACCGACGUGGACAGUCGUUCCUCCAGCUCCGACUCCUGCUCGUCGACUAAGAAGGAGCACCUUUCCGGAGACUCCGGGUUUCGGUCGGUGUCCCCCAACCACUCCAGUAGCUCAAGUGAAGCCGGGAGCGACCUCCAGGUGCGCCCUCGACACCACCACUCGACUUCGGCCGACAGCAUUAGAAGAGUGUUUCAAAAUCUGAACCUAAACAGCCGGUCGCAGAGCUGCACCAAUGCCAAAGAGACCAAGAGGAAAAAUAGCAAGAAGUCGACUCCGAAGCGGAUUUUGAGGUCGCCAGUGACUUACACGUAUGUGAAAGGGUUGUCGGGACUGCCGACGCAGAGGAUUCCCAAGAACCAGUCGAGGAUGUACAUGAACAAUCCGUGCGGUUGCAGUAUACAAUACAUGGCCGGUUUGAAUCGAUAAUUUUUUAAUGUCGAUGACUACCUGAGUUGUGACUGCAGCAAUAUGUGCGUCUCUAUUAUCCUAAGACUCAAGACUGUAACGAAGGAGAGAAUUCUUCCAAUCCAAUAGAUUUAAGAUUUGUAAAUAAAUCAACGUUUUUAUAAGUAUCUAUGUUGAAAUGUUGUUGACACAGUUAUAUCUUACACCAUGUAUACUAUAUUAAGGGACUCAAUGAUUCAAGUAGGCUCUAAUUAAUGGAAUUCAAUUACAAAAAAUGUACUUAUACAGCACCAAUGUCAGUUUAUAAUGGUACAAAUGUUGUG